AUAAACUACUAAGCUAUGUCUAAACAAUUAGUGGUUGUCGUUGCUGGUGUAACGUGUGGGGGUAAAAGUACAAUUGCGUCUAAACUUAUGAAAAUGUUAGACAAUGUAAAUGUAUUACAUCAGGAUGAGUUUUAUUAUCCUGAGUCGAGUAAACAUUUAGAAUUUAUUCCAGAACUUAAUUAUCACGAUUAUGAUAGGAUAAGUGCAUAUGAUAUGGAUCGAAUGAUAACUGCUAUUGAAUCCAAUUCUCGCAGUAAUAUCUUGGUAUUAGAUGGUAUUCUUCUACUUGAUGAUGUUAGAAUUAUAAAUUGUGCCGAUUUAAAAUUUUUUUUCGUUAUGGACAAAGAAAGUUGUUGGAGCAGGCGUAAAAUAAGAACCUACCUUCCACCAGAACCAGAUGGUUAUUUUGAAAAAUAUGCAUGGCCGGAAUAUAAACAACAUUUAAACAGAGUAAAAGAAACUAUACCAGAUGUUAUAUUUUUAAAUGGUACUGAUAGUAUAGAGCAUAAUGUAGCAAUUGUUAUCAAUAAAAUUAAAAAUAAAAUUAAUUAAUUGUAAUAUUAA